AUGAUGCGCCUUAGUGUGGAUGCAGUAAGGCCACAUUACAAUGAUAAACCAUGUCGAAGUGGUCAGUCCUGGACUUUCUGGAGACUUGGGGUUGUUGCUAUUCUUGGCGCUUUACUCGUGAUAACACAAAGUACCAACUACACGCAUCACUUUCAUGCACACGUGGCCAAGCACUCUAUUCUUCGCAACUUGCAAGCACAACCAGCACUUCGUUUUACUUUUGAACUCAAGCGUAAAGCUAUGUACGUUCAUGGUGCUUCGACGUUUGAUGUUGUGGCAACUCCUGUAUCAUCCAAUCGCCAAGAUGAUGAUAGAAGUAUGGCGUACAACGGAAUCGCAUCAUUUGAGGAGGAUGGAGACGUGCACGAGUAUUCUCUCGUGGAUGGCACAACGUACUAUACACGACGUCGAAGUACCCAAUCAGUGUUAAAGGCUGAAGCAGGAUGUCUUCCUUCAGGCUCUGUCCCGCCUAUUGAGAGUGUUUUGAAUGCCAUUGAGACCGCUGCGACCGCAACCUACUCUGAUUCCUUGAACGAUCUAUGCCCAUACGGAUCCGUCAUGGUGUUUCAAUUUGCUGGUGAGGAUUUUGUGUUGUGCUCGCGUCAAUCGCGUUGGUCGUGGUUUCAAGAAGACAACGGCUUCCAGAUUCUUGGCAAACACCUGAACAUUCGUAUCAAGUAUGAGCAGUCUGUGCCAAUCAUUGUAGCUCCGCAUGUAUCAACAGAGGAAUUGAUUUCAUGCGGAAAGGUACAGUUUGGUGAUCGUAUUACCCCGUCACUAACGUCGUUGCUAACUCGGUCGUUUUUUGAGUGGAGUCACCGUUCUCUUCGCGCUGAGAUAGCUGAAUUUGCCUUUUUCGACAAAGCUUUCGACAAAAUUUUGGAUAUUGUCACGGAUGAUGAUUGUCGCUGCAAGGGUGCUCCGCGACCGUGUGUGUUUGUUGCUGGUUUGAGCUCGGACGUCGACCUCGGUUUGACCGAUAAUGACCCACAAUGUUACUUUGGAGAAAAUAUUAAGGAACACACGCCGUGCUGCUCAAGCAGAAAGUAUCUUACAUUGGCUACGAAGCAGAAUAAAUGGUAUGACCCUGCAUUUCAGCAACAUACGAUUGAUUUACUGUUAAACGUGAGCAGUACGAGCGAUUCCCGUCAGCGAAUUGUCAAGGAUACGAUUAUUAUCGGUCACUCGAUGGCGAACCUUCUCCUUGCUGGAGCUAUUGCGGAUGGAGCAGUUACGCUUGAUGCUUCUACAUCUUGGAUAGCAGCAAGCGCUCCCAUGAUGGGCAGCAUGGGCUCAAAUUUUAUUCAGGAUAUGUGUAAUGGAGGGGAAAAUGAGCUUGUGGACAGCAUAAUUGACUUGCUUGGAAAAUGUCCAGUAAAAAUUGGUGAGUUAUCACUUGCCUAUCAAGACUCUAACUUCUCGUCCCCAUUGUUAGACAAAGCGUACAAGGCUGCACAAGCUGCUUAUGCUGCGAAUGUGGAUGCUGUUAUUUGUAGCAAGAGUUUUACGGGCCUAGUAACUGUGAGAGCAGCAGUUUAUGCUCUUGCAGGUGCAGUCAUUCCACAUCAUUCGAGACUGAAUGAUGGCAUUGUGGAAUAUUCAAGUUGUACAAUGGGUUUACCGCUUGAAUCCUUUAGUGCAUCAUUUAAAAGUUCACGGUAUAUCACGGAACUUAAUCACGUUGAUACAUCCUUUCGGAAUGGGGAUGGGCUUUUUAGUGAUGCAAAAAAACCCUUAAGAUGGCUUGAAUGUCUAUUGUAG